ACCUCAGUAUUUGAGGUCACCUUCUGCCACCACACAAGCUUGUAUUAUUGAAAAGAUGGAGAACUUGUGCCCCUCCUCUCCUCUCUCCUGUCAUAAUCAUCUUUACUUUACUUAACAUCAGGGGGCUUCUCUUGCAAAACACCAGCAGAGUGAUUAAGCUGUCACCAUGAAGGAAAUUUCCCACAGUCACAUGAUGCAGCGCAACAGUAAUGAACAAUGGGCUCUUUCCUAUGCUUCAUAAGAAACAGUGGGCCUCUUGUCUGGAAGUUUUGCUUUGCCUCCAUCGUUCACAAAUGUCUUUAUAAGCUCACACUGAAUUACAGUAAUCUUUAAAGAGCCCGCACUGCCUGGAAGUUCCUCAUGACUGAAAUCUACAGUUUUAAAGAGUAGUUUUAGUCUUUCUACUGGUUUUCAUUCAUUUGGUUGUUUGUUGGGGACCAGUAUAAGUUUAUGUUAGAAUGUCUUCAACCCUGAGGAGAGUGUAUCACCUCACUGCGUUCAGCUGGUACGCUUUUGUUGUGAAGACCCUCGCUGCCAAGGAUGGAGAGGACUUACCAGCAGGGAUCUUUGUUUAUGGAGGACCUUGGAAAUACCUCACGUUUUUGAAUUUGUUAUUGCAGAUGUGUUUCUUUGGCCUGGCAGCAGUGAGCGAUCUACAGCCUGGUAAAAAGUCUGAGAAUGCUCUGAGCAGAUGUAAAGACCUCCUGUUCUCUGUGUUUGCAUUCCCUGUAGGCAUGUUUGUUGUUCUGCUUUUCUGGACAAUCUUUGCCUAUGACAGAGAGUUAGUCUACCCUGCUACUAUCGACACCUUCUUCCCCCCAUGGAUAAACCAUGCUAUGCAUACGCUUGUCCUGCCUGUUUUACUUGGAGAAGUGAUGCUGCAGCCACACAUCUACCCACAGAGGAAACACGCGCUGGCAGCGUUAGGAGGAGUGGGCUUGGCUUACUUAUCUUGGAUUAUAUGGGUGUACUUGUCGGUAGGGAUUUGGGUGUAUCCCCUCCUCGGCCACUUCAGCACGUCUGGUCUGGUGGGCUUCUUCUUCUUUAACAUGUCUGUGGUGAACCUGCUCUACUUGCUGGGGGACAAGCUCAACAGCUACGUGUGGAGUAAGUGACAUUGACCAGUUGAAUGGAGACAAAUACCUGUACUUGAGUAAACUUGCAUCUAAUCCGUCUAUCUGUCUGUCUGCUCUGUCUGCCUAUCUGUCUGUCUGUCCGUCCGUCUCUCCAGGUAAGCACAUGAACAAAAUGGCAGCAAAAACAAAGUAACUUUCUGCAGGAUGUAAAUGUUUAAAUAUAGAAUAAAUCCUCAAAAGCAAGAACAUACUUUUACUUUUGAGCAAAGAAUUGACAAAUUCUUGCUCUUACAAAUAAAGAGUUGAAUAUAUAAAACAAUAACAAACACCAUUGUUGAGUUCAUUACUCUCAUCUGUUGGUCUGGUGUGACCAGUGGUGGCUUAUGUGAGCCAAUCUAAAUAGAUAGUAUAAUACAUAUUUACUGGCUUUAUGACUCUUCCCAUUGUGUUACAUUAGUUUCGAACCAGUAGUUCAACAUUUAGAUGUGACUGCCUAUUGUAGGUAAGAUAGUCUGUCUUUAAAUGGGUUAGCAGCUUUUUGUUGUGCAACUGCAACAGUUCUGAUGUAAUGUAACCAGCAGUGUUUAUCAUUGCAAAGCAUCCCUGAAUAAUGUAAUUCAAGCAUAAAAAGAGGCCCAAUAAAGCAAUAAUUUUAGAUUUAAAAAAAGAAAAAGAAUGUAAUAAAUAUAAAGUGUCAGAAGCUCUUUCCACAUCCAUGUUUUAGUGAGGCAAUAAACCAGCAGUGAUGAUCCAACAUCAGUGUUAUCACCCCACUAUGCAAUGGGCAGAAUAUUCCGAAUUGAUUACCAAUGCCACGUUUGACCUGAAUAAAGUGCAUGCUCAUCAUUAAUCGUGAAACAUCUGCGAGAAUCGCUUGACUUGCGGUAUAAUCCAUCACCCAAUGCUGAACAGCCUUGAUACAAUGUUAUCCCAAGUCCACUGAGAUCUCUAGGAACAGCUGUGUCCCACUCUCUCUGUGUCUGUCUUUCUUUCUUUCUUUCCUUGAGCUGACAUCAGCCAACACGCAAGUCUCUGUAGCCUUUAAGAUGGUGGAGAUAGUUGGGGUCGGCAUCCACCAAUCCAAGGGAGAGGAUCUUGGCCAACAAAUGCAC